AUGGAUCCAAUGGAUGUCCAGCACAAAAGCAUGCAGUACCUUGGAACCUUAGAAAUCUUCAAAGAAUCCUUCAAAAUCAUCAACAAAAACAGAAAGAUCUUCGCCAUGGCAGCUCUUUGCUUCAUCCACCCUCUAAACUACAUCCUCUCUUAUAUCAUGGGAACGUUAAACCUCCUCCUCAGAAAUAUCCAUGAACAUGGCGACUUCUCACAUCUCUUCUCCCACAAUUGGCCCUUCUUUUGGCCCUUCAAUGUCUUUUGCAUCAUUUUCCUUUUCGGUUACUCAAUGGUCUCAACAGUCGCUGUCACUUACACCGUGGCCGCUAUCUACACCGGCCGAGAACCGUCCCCCAAAGAUGCCGCAAUCGCCAUACGCAAGGUUUGGAAGCGAGUUUUGGUCACAUUUCUAUGUGUUGUUGUAGCUUUCUUGGUGUAUAAUAUCGUAGCUGGAUGUGUCUUUUUGGUCAUUUUCACCACCAUUUUGCCGUUGGCGGAUGUUAUGGGUGCGGUUUUGGCUGUGUUUACGUUUUUUUACUUCGAAAGGCUGUUGUAUUUGGUCAAGGUUUUGCAACUGUCGGGUGUUGUGUCUGUGUUGGAAGAUUUGUGUGGGUUUAAGGCCAUGGCGAAGAGUAGGUUGCUGCUGAAGGGAAACGCGACGGCGGCGACGACGGUUGUGUUUGUGGGAGAUGCUUUUAUCGUCGCGGAUGAUUCCAUUGAUGUACGCGUUGUUGAACUUGUUGUUGCUGUUCUUGAUCUUGGUGUUCUUGUUGUGGAAACUCGUGUUGGAGACGAUGUUGUAUGUCGUCUGCAAAUCAAACCUUGA